AAACAACUGCACAGAUGCGGAGACAGACAGUCGGGGUGUCGAAACUGAUUUGAGAUCGGUCUGUAUUUCACUGAGAGUUGUCGGGGGUCGCUGGAUGAACAGCUCUGAGAACAGAUAUAUGACCGCGGCGCGUGCACGCGCGUACAGGUGCGGAUUCCUGUAACAUCAGUACAGAAACUAAACUUAUGGGGGAGUCCGAAAGCAGGAAAUCGGUGAGAUGGAAAGAGACGAGUGGAAUCAACAAAGCAUCAGAGGACAUGAUCAUCUCUUACCUGACAGUCUCUGAUGAGAAUCAGAACAAACUGCCAGAAACAGAAGUCAUGAACGCGGAGGAUGAUACACAUGAGCUCAAGAACAUAAACCCAGAAGAGAGAUGUCCAGCAAAUAAUAAGAGCCAGAGCUGCUCUGGAGAUCAUAAGGGUCUUCCUGGGAUUUUGGCACCUGGACCAAGUCCUUCUCUUCUGGCUUCACUGCAUGCUCUGGUUGAACACAAUGAUCACAUGCUCCUUCCACAUUCCUUACACCAGAUAGCAGAGGGCUACUUCCUUGAAGAGGACUAUAAGUGGGCAGUGGAGUUUCUUCAUCUGGAAAAACUGUAUCAUGAAAGACUGCUCUCUAAUCUGGCCUCCGUACAAGAGAAAUGGGAGGCUCAGAGGAAAAUGAGUGAUAAAACUGAAAGUAACUCUCCGUUAGUCACUAAUGGAGCUGAGAAAGAGAGAGAGCGAAUGGAAGUGUUGAGUCACAUCUGCAGAACGCACAAGAGACCAAACCUCUCUGUGCAAAAGAACAUGGAGGCCGUAAAACUGCGAACUAGCCCAACCCAUGAGACUGAAAGCAAAUCAAAACAAGAGCAAGCUUCAGUGAACCAGAUCUCACUGGAGGCUGAAUGCGAGCCAGAAGAUGAUGGCGAGUUCAGUGAGGAGGAGGAAGAGGAGGAUGAAGGUCUCGAGGAGGACGAGUGCUGGAAUGAGGAGCUACAGGAGGAUACGGAGCUCCAGACUCCUGUGGACGAGUUGGACAACCUCAUUCAGGUAGAAGAGAUGUUUCCUUCAAAUGGCUUAGUGUCUAUUUUAAAGAAGAGAAUCUGCAUCAAGGAAGUCGGCGAUUCAGAAAAAGACUCAAGCAAACGCAAAGUCCGCUUCAGAGAGCCAGACAAUACCUUUGAACAAGAAGAGUCGGCCAGAGCGUCCUGCCUCAUCCUUCUCCUCAUGUGUGUGGUUACGGUGGUGGUCAGUCUGGGUGGGACGGCUCUCUAUUGUCUGCUUGGAGAAGCGUACUCGAAUGUGUGCAUCGACUUCUCUCAGAACAUGGACUUUUACUUUGGACCUGUACGACGAACAGUGGCUGCUCUUACACAGUGGUUCACUUCUGGUGCUUCAUAGCAGCUGCUUCAAGCUAACAUAAGUGGAACUCUGACUUUCUAUACUAAUUUUCCGAUGAUAACAGUAUUUCUGUUGAAAAAAAUAUGCACUAAUGCACAAUACCAGACUGGCCUUAUUAAAUGUUUCUUUAGAGAGUCA